AUGUCAAAGAUAAGCAUAACAUAUAAUCGAAAAUUGAGACAAUCAUUGUCAUUUAUGCAAAGUUUGAAUUCAAUGGCAGUCAAUCCAUCGGCACCUUGUUGCAAUAAUUUAGAAGUUGGACCAUUAUCAGCAAGAAAAAUUAUAACUAUAACGAAAACAACGAACGAUGUGGAUAAUAAAACAACUACAUUUACGAGCAUCGUUCAACCGAUGAUAGUCGAAUUGAUAGGAACUAUUUUCUUCAUUUUAAUCGGCUUACUUGGUGCUUGCAGUGAUGAUAGUAAAAAUAAUUCAUUGAUCGCUGGCCUUUCCUUUGGGUUUUCACUGAUAAUAUUUGUUGCUAGUCUUGGUCAUAUCAGUGGUGGUCAUUUCAAUCCAGCUGUAACACUUGGAGUUUGUAUUGCUGGAGAUAUCAAAUUAAAAAAAGCUCUACUCUAUAUGCCAAUGCAAUUAAUUGGUGGUGCUAUGGCUGCUGGCAUCUUUCGACUCAUAUCACGUACAUCUACAUAUCAUCGUUUUCAUGGUGGAGCUACUUUUCUGGUGACAAUUGAAACUUUAAAAGAGACAGGUGAAUUGACCAAGGAGCGUAUUAAUUGGUGGGAAGGAAUUUGUAUUGAAAUACUACUCACAUUCGUGUUUGUCACUGUAAUUCUCAUGGUAACAAUUAACAGUAAAUCUAAAAGUACGUUUGCUCCUAUUUAUAUUGGAAUGGCUUUAUGUGUUUGCAUUUUUGCGUCGAAUAUGUUAACUGGUGGUUCGCUCAAUCCAGCUCGUAGUCUAGGUUCAGCGAUAUUUGCUAAUGUAUGGUCUCAUCAUUAUUUGUAUUGGAUAGGACCAUUGAUUGGUGCAACUUUAGCCGGUGUUUUUUAUCGGUUUAUAUGGGGCGCAAAAGAUAAUCAUCUUUCUGAUAAUAAAUAA